AUGUCAUCACCCACUUCACCAGCUAUUGGCAUUGUAUCGGCCAACAUCAAAUUGUUCAAUAGUAAAUCUGACAAUGAAUCCUCAACAUUAAAUAAACCUACUCCUAUAACAAGAAAUAAAAAUAACACAGAUUGUCAAAAUGUACCACCACCACUUCCACCAAAACCAAAUAAAAAACCUACUCUACCAGUUAGCAAUAGGCUGGAUAUUUCACCUUCUAAUUCAUCGACUCAUUUUUCAAUACCUAAUUAUAACUCCAAUAAUUUGCUACCACCUCCUUUACCGCCUACUGCUCCACCGCGACCUCUAAGUAGACAUGCCACUUUUAGUCACGCUAAAACUCAAUUUAAUAACAGUAAUAAUACAAAUACUAAUCAUAAAAAGCCAUUAAGUGCUUCACAUACUGGGUCAUCCUCUUCUUCAAUAACAACUUCUAUUUCACCUAUUGCAGCUCAAAAAGUGGGUCAACAUUAA